GCCUCUGCCUCUGCCUGUGCCACGGCGGCAACUCCUCUCGUGACCACUUUACACACCUCAACAGCACGCCAUCCUCUUCUCACGCCCUCUUCUCACGCCCUCGUCUCACACCCUCGUCUCACGCCCUUUGCCAAAAAAAAAAAAGGAAAAGAUAUGCCACUCGGGCAUGCGACAACCAUGAGCAGGCACCAUGCCGUUCACAGUACUCCUCGGCACGUCCGCUGAUCGACGCCUCUCCCAUCGCUCUUCCAAGUCUUCUCUGACGUCCCCCCCGACCGAACCUCCCGAACCCCGUCUCGAAUACAUCCACGACGAGGCCCAGCUGCAGGACCCGCCCGAAGAAUGCCCCGAUCUCCGCGAGCUCAACAACAGCCUCGAGGCCCUGGCGGCCCUGUUUCCGAACGUUCAACCCGAGGUCUUCCGCGAGAUGCUGGCCAACUUUGACAGCGAAUCCAGGCUCGCCGUCGUCGCCGAUGCGCUGCUGAAGAACCACGUCAACUGGGUCAAGGGCCGAUGGAGGAUCGCCCAAGACAAUGCGUCUAGUGAUGCCUCGGCAGCCCUUCCGACCGUUCCGCCCAAGGACGCCUUCCGCAGUGACGAGUACAAAAAGGCCGUCCAAGCUCUGGCCUGGACCGAGUUCAAGGGCCUGACGCGCGCCGCCGUCAACGCCGUGCUCGCCGAGUUCAACUACUCCUAUCUCGACGCACGCAGGACCCUGCUCGACCUGUCGGCCAAGUCCUGGCGCUUCACCAUCUCGUCCCUCUUCUCCCGCCGCAAGCCCGCCACCGCCGGCGAUGCCGAAAACCACCCCCUCGUCAUCUGGCGGUCCACCGGCCACGGGUCCAUCACGCCGACGCUGCGCGCCACCGGAAAUGCCGAGCUCGACCGCGAGCUGUACGACGAGCUCAUCCGCCCGCUGAAAGACCGCGCCCGCGCGACCCAGCUCGACAGCGACCGCGGCCUGGCCCGCGCGCUGAACAGCGAGGAGGCCGAGGCCGUCGACGCCCUGCACGAGUGCUGCUGCUGCUUCACCGAGUCGACCUUUGAGGAGUUCACCCAGUGCAACGCCGACGGCCACAUGAUCUGCUUCCGCUGCGUCCGGCUGGCCCUGACCGAGGCCGUCUUCGGCCAGGGCUGGCACAGCAGCAUCGACACCCACGCCGGCACCCUCCGGUGCCUGGCCGUCGACGGCGCCUGGCUGGGGCGGACCACAUCCCUACCCACCAACUUCUCUGUGCCCAUUCUCAAGGAAGAGGAUAGACGCCUCGGCGACCACAGCCUGCUCGCCUCGGGCAUGCCCCUCAUCCGCUGCCCCUUUUGCGACUACGCCGAGGUCGACGACAUCUACCUGCCCCAGCACGAGGACAGCCUGCGGCCCCGGGCCGACGGCGUCCUCAGCGCCGUCUUCCUGCUCCUCUGCGUCGGCUCCAUCCCCUUCCUCAUGCCGCUCGUGCUCCUGUCGUCGCUGCUCUGCCUCGCCAUGACCACGUCGCGCGCCUCGCUGGCGACUCACUGGUCGCGCGCCCUGCACCGCCGCCGCCGCCGCCGCCGCGGGCCCAAGUUCACGUGCCGCGCCCCGCGCUGCGGCCGCACCUCGUGCCUCGCCUGCGCCAAGCCCUGGGCCGACGUGCACGUCUGCAACGAGUCGUCCCUCGUCGCGCUGCGCACGCAGGUCGAGCAGGCCAUGAGCCUCGCCAUCAAGCGCGUGUGCCCGCGCUGCGCCACGUCCUUUGUCAAGAACUCGGGCUGCAACAAGCUCACGUGCCCCUGCGGCUACAAAAUGUGCUACGUCUGCCGCAAGGACAUUGGCGGGCCCGACGGCGCCGGCGAGGGCUACCGCCACUUCUGCGACCACUUCCGCCCCGACGGCGACCCCCGCCCCUGCGACGAGUGCGACCGCUGCAACCUCUGGGAGAGCGAGGACACGGACGAGGUCCUGCGCCGCGCCCGCGACGAGGCCGAGCGCCGCUGGAAGGAGACCGAGGCCCGCGACCUCAGCGGCGCCGAGCGCGUCUUCCUCGACACGGGCUUCGCCCCCGCCGCCCCCGCCCGCGACGACCUCUCCGUCGAGCACGUCCUGCGUGCCGGCCGCCUGCCGUCUGUGGCCCAGAUUUGCGACCUCAUCGUCGAGAAUCUGUUUGUGUGA